GGCAGUGUGGACAUGGGCGUGGACACGCUAUGGCGGCUCGGCAGGCUGCAGCCGGGACUCGGGCUGGGCGCCGGGUUGGUCGCGCGGCUGCGGGGGCCGAUGGAGCGGUUCGUCAAGGGCCUGGGAAAGAUUGGGGGGUGGACGGAUUAUGCCAUCGCCGCUACGCGCGGCCGUGUCUUGGACCGUAUCUUCGCCGCUGCCCAACAAUCCCUCCUCAAAUGGACCAUCGGCAUCGGCUGCCGGCCCUGCGCCAACCUGACCUGCAACACCAAUAGGAUGGCGGCGAUCAACGUGUUCCUUCUGUGGUCAGGGCUCUAUCCUCCCAGCAGGUUGCUGAGCAAGUCGAUAUCGGAGAUGGUGUCGGCGUUACAAUAUAUUACGGCAACCGACGCCGAGUUGUCGGCCGCUGCC